UUGAUGAUUCUGACUUCACUACUUUGUCUGCAGGGUUGUUUUGAACUCUUUAAAAAGAUUUCUUUUGACGUCAUGGUGCUUUUGAGAGGGCUAAAUAGAUUUUUAACCCCGGUUAAGUUUGUCACUCCAGCACGGUUAUUUGGAAAUGGGACAGACACUUUAUACCAGAGCAGUUCCUCUCCAGCUGGAUUCUUUCCAGCGUCUGAAGGUGUUAUGCUUCCUCCAGGGACCUUUCAAAACAAGGUGGCCUUCAUCACAGGAGGGGGCACUGGACUCGGGCGAGGCAUGACCGCCAAUCUCUCUGCUCUGGGGGCACAAUGUGUGAUAGCCAGCAGAAAACUUGAUGUUUUGAAGAAAACCGCUGAUGAAAUUUCACAGCAGACUGGAAACAAGGUUCAUGCUAUCCAGUGUGAUGUGAGAGAUCCAGCUUCAGUGGAGGCUGCUGUCAACCAGCUUGUCAAUGAUGUCGGUCUACCUGAUGUGGUGAUAAACAAUGCUGCUGGAAACUUCAUCAGCCCCUCAGAGAAGCUUUCACCUAAUGCCUGGAAAACCAUUACUGACAUUGUCCUGAACGGCACGGCCUACAUCACACUGGAGGUUGGGAAACGUCUCAUUAAAGCUGAGAAAGGUGCUGCCUUUUUGGCCAUCACCACAAUCUACGCUGAGAGCGGCUCUGGGUUUGUCGUGCCAAGCGCCGCGGCUAAAUCUGGAGUAGAAACGCUGUGCAAGUCUCUUGCAGCAGAGUGGGGCAGACACGGUAUGAGAUUCAAUGUCAUUCAGCCCGGACCAAUCAAAACCAAGGGUGCUUUUAGCAGACUGGAUCCCACGGGCAUGUUCGAGAAGUCUGUGAUGGAUAGGAUACCCACGGGUCGUUUAGGCACUCCAGGCGAGAUCUCCAACCUCGCCGCCUACCUCUGCAGCGAUUAUGCCAGCUGGGUGUCAGGCGCGGUCAUCAGAAUGGAUGGAGGUGAAUACGUCUCCAUGGCUGGAGAGUUCAAUGAUCUGAAGAAGGUGAUUUUAACUCAGUCCAUCACAUGUGUAGAGCAGGGAGUAAUGAUUACUUCAUCUGUUUACCUUGAUUUUAUUUGGCAGGUCACAAAAGAGCAGUGGGCCAUGAUGGAGGCAAUGAUCAGAAGCACAAAAGGAUCUUAA